ACGAGGGUAACAGCGAAGUCCAAAAAUAGUUAUCGGCUAGCAUGUUGAAUUGCCAUUCUGAGAACUAUCUAACCCCUUUUAUUACUUGAUCAAAUUCUAAUAUACCUAAUAUAUCAUCCACCACGUUUCCUUGUUAUCAUUCCACGUAAUUCUCCGAAACGUCGCGUAUCCAAGAACCAUGUGUUAGACUUUUUAGAUUACGGAAAUAUCUACGACAAAGAGCUUGUAGCUAUAUUAGUGACCCCCCACGCGAAAACCGGAUUGGUUCCCCACACUUUGCUCUCAUCUUUACCAAUCAUGCAGGGAGAUGUGCAAUGUGUUGAUGUGCUCGUUGUCGGAGCGGGCCCGGUGGGCCUCAUCAUGGCGUUCCAGCUUGCCAAGUUCGGCGGUGUCUCGGUCCGGAUCGUCGAGAAACAUGUCAAGUCUGAUCAAGAUGCGUACGGCCGUGCUAUUACGCUCUUCCCUCGAACAACAGAGAUGCUUGACCAGCUAGGCCUUGCUGAUGAGCUGCUGUCAAGUUGUUUCGCCUGUCGCGAUACGGUCACUUACAAUGCUCAGGGUGAAGAGGUCGACGGUCGUGGGUGGAGUUUCAUGAAACACAUGAAUGAUACGGCGUUCGAUUUCGCCCUUGUCUUGAGACAAAAGUUCCAAGAAGAGAUAUUUCGAAACGCAUUGAAGCAGCACGAUAUGCAUGUAACAGCGCCGAUCGAGUUAAUAACCGCUUCGGUUGAUAGGAGUAUCCCUGUUGGAGGCCAUAAGGUAACGGCAGUUCUUCUUAACCGCCAAAAUGGAGCCUACGAAAUCGUGAAAUGUAAAUACCUGAUUGGUUGUGAUGGGGGACGCUCAUCUGUCCGGCGUAUCUUCAACAUUGCCUUCGAAGGUUCCAUUAGUGAAGAUCAAUGGGUGAGGAUAGAUGGCCAAGUCCAAACUGACUUGCCUAAGUCUCGCUCCUACUGCUCAAUCGAAUCCCCAACACAUGGAAACGUGCUCUGGGUUGCCUUGGAUCAUGGAGCCACGAGAAUCGGCUAUGCAUUUACUGAGGAUCGGGCCAACGCAUAUCCCGAGUUUGACGAGGCCGCUGCUGUUAAGGAGGCUAUCGCCGCAGUUAAACCCUUCCGCCUUGAAUUUGAGCGUGUCGAUUGGUGGACAAUAUACACAGUAGGACAGCGCAUAGCCGAAUCCUUCUUUACCAAAGGCUGUAUAUUUCUUGCUGGAGAUGCCUGCCACACCCACUCAUCAGCCGCGGCGCAAGGGAUGAACACCGGUAUCCACGAUGCUGUGAAUCUCGCUUGGAAACUAAGUCUUGUCCUCCGCGGAUGUGCUAAGGCCGAGAUCCUUGAGACAUAUCAUGCGGAACGGUUUGUAAACAUAUCGAAACUCAUCGAGUACGACAGAGAUAUCAGCCAGCUCAUGUCAAAUCACCUACCUGAGAAAUGGCAAGGUGAUCCAGAUGCCGACGUCAACGUGAUUCUGGCGCAGGUCUUAGAAGAGGCUGGAACUUUUACCAAUGGACUUGGUAUCUCCUAUGAGAUUCACAAAGACAACCCCUUGAAUGUAGAGGGCUCAUUUAUCAGCGCGCACCAGCUAGUUAAGCCAGGAAUAAGAGGCCCGGAUAUCACACUCCUGCGCCCGGGAACACUCGAGUACACAAGGCUAAUCCGUGAGCUACCCAAUACCGCCAGAUUCAGCGUCUUGAUUUUCACGAGCAAUCAAGUACCUGCUAUUCCGGAUGUGGUGUACAACGAUAUAACACGUUCGCUGGCCCUAGAACGGCCCGUUCUUAUGAGCUACUUGAAAUUCAUCACGAUUCUCCCCAAGCCUACGCCUUCGCCAUAUGAAAUCCUCGGACACGAGCCUAUCGGGCGUGUUUAUUUCGUCAAAGAAGACGGAGCUGCGUACCAUCGGUAUGGAAUUAACAUCUCACAGGGCGCAAUCGUAGUGCUAAGGCCAGACGGCUGGAUUGGUACAAUGAUCGAGUUUGGGAACAGGGCUGCUUGGGAGCUUGAAAGCUAUUUCGACAAGAUUCUCUUCUAUCGUUCGGCUUGAGCUCGGGAUAGAGGUUGUAUUCUUGGAGGCUUCGCUUUCGAUGAUGCUUUGAUGUGUCGUCUGAUAUCAUCGUAUACCGUUAGACUUAUGAAGAAGGAAGAUACAUUUAGAUACGAACAUAGCAACCUGAUUGCUUAAAUAAAGUAAUUCUUUCUCGUGUGUAGGAUUAAGUCCUAGAGUUUCGAAACUUGAUGUCGUAUCGGAGUGCUUACGAAGUUAAGAGGCUGGGGGGGCGUAACAGCAAGUCAUAUGAUACAAUAAAGUACUUACCAACAUACCUAGCAACCUAGGUUACCUCUAUACACGUCGAGAUUCGUGGUAGUUUAAGAAAUUUCAAGUUGUUUAAUGGAGUGAUGAUACAAUUUCGAUUUCUAACAAUUUAUAUCCCAAGACAUACUCAAGUCAAGCUUUAGUAAGCCUUACCUAGGCCAACAGUCGACUCAGGAACUAGCAUAAGCGGAGGUAUAACCUAACCCGGAAACUAAAAUACUGCUCAUGUUUACUUCUCGUGACUAAGCAGGCUCGUGCCAAGGACCUAAGCGUCGAGGUAAU